UGUGAUAAAGAGAGGGGAAGGAGAAAAGCAGAUCAACCUUCUGGUUCAUUCUUCUCUGCAUCACAUUUUCCUUCUGAUUCUGUAGCAUCAACACAUAAAGGAUUAACCAUGACCAUGAUGCCUGAGAAGCAGCCAGAGAGAAAAUCUAAAAUCUCAGCCUCUAGAAAGCUCAUGUUAAAGAGCUUGAUGGUUGCAAAAGCCAAAGAAGAGCUGGAGCAGGAGAUGGAAGAAAAAGAGGAGCAAAAAGCUAAAUACCUUGAAGAGAAAGUUCCUACCCUACAAGUCACUGGUAUGUCCCUGGCAGACCUGAAGGCAUUAUGUGAGGAACUGCAUGCAAAAAUAGAUGUAGUAGAUGAAGAACGGUAUGAUAUUGAAGCCAAGGUCUUGCACAACACCAGAGAGAUUAAAGACCUAAACAUCAAAGUGCUAGAUUUACGAGGGAAGUUCAAGAGGCCCAAUCUGAGAAGGGUCAGGGUCUCUGCAGAUGCUAUCCUGCGCUCCCUGCUGGGCUCCAAGCACAAGGUGUCGAUGGAUCUGAGAGCCAACCUCAAAUCGGUCAAGAAGGACGACACAGAAAAGGAAAAGACAGUGGAGGUGAGUGACUGGAGGAAGAACGUGGAAGCCAUGUCAGGCAUGGAGGGGCGCAAGAAAAUGUUUGAUGCAGCCAAAGGCCAGACGCAGUAAAACAGCGGUCUAUGAAGACAUGAUGGCUUUCAUCUUCAGAAACACCUCUGGAAAUGCACGUUGAAUGUAGCAGAAACAGAAUUUAAAGCGAUUUUAGACUCUACAUCUGGUCACAGUUGGUUUGUUUUCUAUGUUACUGAAAUAAACAAGU